GUGUGUGUGUGUGUGUAGCGGUUCUCUCAUGCUCUCCAACGUACUGACUUUGCAAGCAGCAGUCAGCCGGUGGAAAGAACGAGAGGCGAGUCGCGCUGAAGGAAGGAACGGCUGCGGAUCUUAAUGAGCCAGUUGCCCGUUACAAACGGAGAUAACACACACACACACAAGGCACGGACACUGCCUGAAACAACAAACGGACAUUUGAGGUUCUCCAAACAAAACUUCUACUAUAGUCGCAACGCACAAAAACACACAGUUCCGCGUUUGAAAUCUAAACCGAACGAAAGCCAUGGCUGACUCCGGAGCGAACAGCAACAGCGACGGGGAGGAAAAACCGAUGCGGGGCUUCGCUCGCCAGGGCGCUCUCCGACAGAAGAACGUGCACGAAGUGAAGGACCACAAGUUCAUCGCUCGUUUCUUCAAACAGCCGACCUUCUGCAGCCACUGCACCGACUUCAUCUGGGGAUUUGGCAAGCAGGGAUUCCAGUGUCAAGUGUGCUGUUUUGUGGUCCAUAAGCGGUGCCAUGAGUUCGUCACCUUCCAGUGCCCUGGUGCAGAUAAGGGGCCUGAUUCAGACGACCCGAGGAGUAAACACAGGUUUAAGGUCCAUACCUACUCCAGCCCUACGUUCUGUGACCACUGUGGAUCCCUACUCUACGGGCUGCUACACCAGGGCAUGAGAUGUGACCAUUGUAUGAUGAACAUUCACAAGCGUUGUGUGUCCAACGUUCCCAGUCUGUGUGGAACGGACCACACUGAGAGGAGAGGACGCAUCCAGAUCACAGCAGAUAUCAAGGACAACAAACUUACCGUCACCAUCCAUGAAGCCUCUAACCUGGUGCCCAUGGAUCCAAACGGUCUGUCUGACCCCUACGUGAAGCUCAAACUCAUCCCCGACCCCAAGAGUGACACCAAGCAGAAGACCAAGACCAUCAAGGGAAACCUCAACCCUACCUGGAACGAAACGUUCAAAUUUCCCCUGAAGGACUCUGAUAAGGACCGUCGUCUGUCGGUGGAGAUCUGGGACUGGGAUAUGACCAGCAGGAACGACUUCAUGGGAGCGCUGUCCUUCGGCAUCUCAGAACUCCAGAAACAAGGAGUGGACGGAUGGUUUAAGUUGUUAUCUCAGGAGGAAGGAGAGUACUUCAACGUCCCAGUUCCUCCUGAGGGCGAGGAGGGCAACGAGGAGCUACGGCAGAAGUUUGAGAGGGCUAAGAUUGGUCCGAGCACCAAGAACACAGAAGGCUCGGCCUCCAAGUUCGACUCCAACGGGAACAGAGACCGCAUGAAGCUGUCUGACUUUAACUUCCUGAUCGUGUUGGGCAAGGGAAGCUUCGGCAAGGUGAUGCUAGCAGAACAUAAGGACAGAGAGGAGCUGUAUGCCUAA